AAUAGCUCUGUUCAAUCAUAAUACCGCCAUUUAUUAGCUUUGACUCUGUGCUUUAAGUCUUUAAAAUGUGCGGCCGAACUGCUUGUACGUUAUCGCCUGAUGUAUUAUGCAAAGCAUGCACUUACAAGAAAAGGAAAUCUGAUUGUUAUACUCAAGUUGAGUGGAGAGAAAGUAGUAAUGGGAAGGAAUGUAAUCCAUCUACCAACUUUGUCCCAACUUUCUAUGGGCCUGUAAUAAUUUCGAAGAAGCAUUUGGACCCAAAUGCUGAUCCAGAUGACAGAAUUCUAAUGCCUAUGAUGUGGGGAAUUAUUCCAAGAUGGCAUAAAGGACCUCCAACCCAGCACAAGAUGACAACAAACAAUUGCCGUGUUGAAGGAAUUACUGAAAGUCGCCUUUACAAGGAUCCAUUACAUAAGGGUAGACGCUGUGUAGUACUCUGUGAGGGAUUCUACGAAUGGAAAAAACCUAAGAGUAAAGGAGAAACUAAGCAACCAUACAUGAUAUAUUUCCCCCAACCUGAAGGACGAUCGAUUUUUGAGCCAGAGACGUGGGUGGAUUGUUUAGACAAGCUCUCGUCUAAAGAAGAUGGCUGGAAAGGACCAAAACCACUCACGAUGGCUGGUCUAUUCGAUACCUGGAAAUCACCUGAAGAUGGUAGCAUCAUUUAUAGUUACAGUAUAAUAACCAUGGACUCUUCUUCGGCAUUCGCAUGGAUCCAUGAAAGAAUGCCAGCUAUUCUUGAAACGGAAGAUGACGUCCGCGAUUGGCUUGACUACACACGCGUUCCUGCUGAACAAGCCCUUGCCAAAUUGAAAGCUUCAUCCAUAUUAACUUGCCAUCCCGUGUCUACCGAUGUGAACAAUGCGAAAAACAAAGGGGAUCAUCUCACAAAAGCCAUUGAUUUGAAUAAACCCAAAAAGCUCUCGGGUAGUGGAAAGUUUAUGGCAAACUGGUUGAGCCGAGGAAGUCCGGUUAAAGCAGAAAGAAAUGAAAGUCCCCCCAAAGAGGGCGUUAAACGUCGUUCGUCAAUGGAUAAAGAUCCAGUUCAAGAUUUAUAGGAUAUGUAGUAACAUUCCCUGGCAAUUCACAACUGACCGUUCAAACAGGAUGUCAGCCGUCCGCCGAAGCCAUCGAAAAUUUCACACUGAUAAAUAUUUAUGUAAUCUACCUCCGUUAUCA